AUGUUUCAUAAUAACGAUGAUGCCUCUAGAUUUUUAUUGACUGGUUUUAUAUUUAACAUUGUCUGUUCCCAUGUGGAACAUAAUUCUGAAUGUGUCUCCUUGAACAUCGUUAGGAGAAGGCCUGACCGGAUUUUAAUUUUACGUCAGAACUUCUAUAAUAUUGACACUUUAGUUUAUACAGCUAAGGAUGGAUACAUAAAUGAAGUUAUUGACGACCGGGGUAUUCUAUGGAAGAAUGAUAGGGGCAGGUUGAAAUUGAGCAAAGUGAUUAAAUUUAGAAAGGAAUCAAAAUUACUCCAUGUACAUUAUAUAUCAGCUGAUAACCUUUCUUAUGUAAAAUACUUUUAUCGCACUGGGAGAGUUUGGAAUGAAAUCAAUUCUGAACGGUUCUAUCUCGAAUUUGAUAACUUUAAAUCUCUCACUUAUCCAAUAAAUGCUAUUACUGUGUAUAUACGCCGAAAGAAUAAUUUAAAAAAAACAAGAGUAACCUAUAUACAUCCCAAAUUUGCGGCUUAUGGCCCAAAUUACGGUUAUCGCAUUAAUAAAGUCUGUGACGUGAGUUUGGGGAUAAUGUGUUUUAAGAGUGUUUGGUAUUCGAAAGAAGAUGAGCAUUGUUUGUUCACUUCGGUACACAAUAGGGAUAAACCUGAUUUGGCCUACCUCGUUAUUUCCGAUUCAGGAAACGUGGUUGAAAAGUUUUAUCAUAAACCUCCUGGUGUUUUUAAGUCAUGGAAACCUAUUGAUAAAACUGAAUACUACACCAAGUUGAAAGAACGGGAUCUUGAUUUAGAUAAGUUUGACAAUACAGUUCAAUUGGAUUUAAAUAACAUUGAUUCCGACAAGUUUUAUUCUAGUGAAUUCGGUUUUAGACGUUCAACCAUCGCAGCAUAUCCUAAGCCAGGUUUUAGAAUGACUAGAGUUAGUUAUGCUAAUAUGAUCAUUUGGGAAUCUGGCAAAUCUGAUGUGUAUUCCUAUUGCGCAAACAUGUUUUCAGACAAUGAGGAACCAAAACUGUGUUAUGUUCUAGUUAGUGAAGGAAAUGAACGUAGAAUCGAGUACUUCCUUAAUAACAAUAACACAUGGUAUAAAAUAGAUAAAAAAAGAUUUUAUCAUCUGUUGGCCAAAAAGGAUGAUCCUAGAUACACUCAUCGUUACGAGGGUAUUGACGAGGAAGGCAAUCGUAACAUAGAAAUGAGUUAUUUUACCAAUAAACAGGGACUCAUGGUUAAAACAUAUAGAUCAAUGGUCCCUAAUCACAAGGGAGUUAUUAUUCUUAUGCACGGGCUAAGAGGCCACUUUUUAUCCACGUUUUUAAAAUAUGAUCUUGACUGGAAUUAUAGAAACUUCGGUUUUGCCACUCAUCCUUAUAUAGUCUGUCCAGAUGUAAACUUCUUUUAUAACUAUAGUAGAUUUAAUUAUGAUCGAUACAAACACAUCUUCGAAUAUAACUUCUACGAUAAACAAUAUCCCUCUAAUUUAAUCCAAAUGUAUGAGUAUUCAGGUAGUAUGCUUGAAUGCUUAAACAAUAUGGGUUAUAGUGUGUAUGGAAUGGAUCUCCAAUCACAUGGUUUUUCAGAGGGGAUCGAUAAUAGGAGAUCUCACGCCCUUAAAUACAUCAACUAUGUCGACGACGUAUCACAAUUCAUCUAUAUCGUUAAACGUGAUAAAUUCCAUGAUCAGAAUCAGGUAUGGGACCCAAGUGUGUUUUCCCUUAAGACUCAGUUCAAAGAUAAACUAAUUCUUUUCGGUUAUUCUUUGGGAGUUAGUUUAUGUUUUGGUUCACUACAGGAGUUUGAUAAACAUUAUAAGUCUCAUGAAAAAGUGGGCGACUGUAUUGUCUCCUUUUCCGGUAUGUUUGACAUCCGUAAUAACCUGGUAAAAGCAUAUCAACGAAUUUUUUCUGUCUUGUUUCCUUUGCUAUCUGCCAUAGCUCCUCGAGAUGUGAGCCCUUGUCACACCAUACCCGAUUAUGGGCAAAACUACGAAGUCGCCACAUUUAUGACUGACGAUAAGUAUUAUACUCAUGCAUUAACGUGGAGAGCAAUCGAUCUUCUAUUUUCUUCUUGUGAUACUCUUAUGAAUAAGAUGAAGUGGUUCCCAACUAACAUACCUACGCUUUUCAUCCAUUCAACUGAUGAUCCUAGCUGCUCAAUCAAGAAAAUGAAGGACCGUAACGUUGAGUCACACGAAUUCCCUGGUAAUUAUCACCAAACAUACAAGACUGAGGCACUUGAUCUUGUGUUUAAGAGAUUUGAAGAUUGGAUGUCGAAAAUUCAGAAAACUACUCAACCUAUGAUAUUAGUUUGA